AGGCAUCUGGCACAAAGCGUUGUGAACAUGCUGACGCCGAACAGAUUAAGUAGAAGCUCAGAUAGUACGUACUAAUGGGAAUACAACCUGCUUUGCGAUGUGGUCUUCAGUUUCUUGGUAAUGCUGCUUCUGGAAACAGAGAAUCUCAGGACUGUAUCUGGAAGCAUGCUUUUCCCAGUCUCUUCUUGAAUUACCUGAAUCAUGCUGACGAAAAAGCUUCUGCCUACUGUUCAAUGGUGUUGUAUAGUUGCCUUGAUGAUCAGAAACUGAAGGAUCUGCAGAACAAUGCAAAUGGCCUAAAUGUCGCUCUGAGUGCAGUGAGAGUCUGUGGAAAGCAGCCAGACCUGGACUGGGCAAUUUGGAUUGUAACAGACUAUUUUUUGACGAGCCCUGAGUUGGUAGAAGCCAUUUAUUCCAGAAUGACCAGUCAAGAAAGGAUAUUUUUUUUAGAACUAAUAAUUGCCAAACUUGGUGAGAAGAAAUGCGGGACUGAUGCCAUAAGUGCAAAUACAGAUAUUCCGUUAAAGCUGGUUGAGUUCCUUGCACACUGUUUUCAGGAAAAUUGUAAAGCUGUGCUUUGUUUUGCUGCAGAUGCUGCUGCUAAUGAAAAUGAGGAAGCCCUUGUUGUGGUGCGCCUCCUUGACUGCCUUUGUGAAAUAUCAUCUUGUCAUGAAAAGUAUGAAUGUUUACAGACUCAGCCAGGUCUGCUUGAGGAUGCAAUAGAAAUCUUGCAGCAGACGCAUUUAAUUGGUAAACUCGGUGGAAAUGUAUUUAGCAUCUCUCAUUCCCCAUCUAGAGUGGAGCAAGUCCUGCAUCCUGCUGAAGGCUUUAAAGCACAUGUAAUCCGCCUGAUUGGAAAUUUAUGCUACAGAAACAGAGAAAAUCAAGACAGGAUAUAUCUUGCUUUUGUUAGUUUUAAUAGCUUGAAAUUGUUUAAUGUUUUCCUUAACUCAUAUAAAGUUAUGAAUCAGUGGGCAGUAUUUGCUAUAAGGAAUCUUACAGAACAUAAUAGAGAGAAUCAGGAGGUCAUAUCAAAGAUGGACAGACUGGGUUUGGCAGAUACGUCCUUCCUGAGAAGUAUGGGAUUGGAUGUACAAGAACGAGAAGGCACUCUAAUGUUAAAAUCAUUAAAGAAGGGCCAGUGAUUUCAUGAUUCACUUGGCUUUUCAGACUGCCUCAGAACUUGGACCUUUUGUGAUGAUUUAGAAAAAUCAAGCUGGUCUGUUUCAACAGUGUAGUAUCAAUCAUGUUUCUUUAGCAUUUUAUAUUGUAUAUGAGAAACGAGAGCAUUAAACAUCCUGAAGUAUGAAAA